ACUGAGCUGAAAGAUGGACGGCUGACAGUGAGCUCAGGCUCGGACUGAGGUUCAGGUUCAGAUUCAGAUUCGGACAGUCUGAGGAGGAGCUGACCCGGUGUCCAGCGGGGUGAUUUCACCUCUGACUCAGCGGAAACUACGAAAGCUGAGCUGUAUUGACAGUGGCGCCCCCUGCUGGGCGGGGCAGGUGGAUAAUGAUGAUGCGUGCAGGGGGGAAGUGGCUCAGUAACGGCUCAGAGGCGCUCAGCAGUGACCCUGAGGAAGAGGAGGAUGGAGAGGAGAUGGUGUUUGGGGAGAAUGAUGAAGAGUCGGAGGAGAUGAUGGAUUUAAGUGACCUGCCCACUGCACUGUUCGCCUGCAGCGUCCAUGAGGCUGUGUUCGAGGAGGACAGACAGCGGGAACGGUUUGAGUCACUGUUCCGAAUCUAUGAUGAUCAGACGUCGUUCCAGAUGUUUAAGAGUUUCCGGAGAGUCCGGAUCAGCUUCAGUACGCCGGAGGCUGCAGCUCGCGCUCGCAUUGAGCUCCAUGAGUCCGAGUUCAACGGCUCCAAACUCAAACUCUACUUUGCACAGGUGCAGAACUCAGGUGAGGAUGUGGAUAAAGCGUACCUGGCUCCACCCCAACCUAUGAAACAGUUUCUCAUCUCCCCACCCGCAUCUCCACCUGUAGGGUGGAGUCAGGGGGAGGACGCCACGCCCGUCAUCAACUAUGACCUGCUGUGUGCUGUGGCCAAGCUGGGGCCAGGGGAGAAGUAUGAGCUUCACGCAGGCACAGAGUCCACUCCCAGCGUGGUGGUGCACGUCUGCGAGAGCGAGACAGAGGAGGAAGAGGAUGCCCGGCCCAAGAUGAGGAUCGUCCAGACCAGACGUCCUGAGGGUCCACCGAAAGUCUUCAACUAAAACCUCCUCCACGCUCUCACACACUGCACGUGUCCUCUGUCUCAACCUGUCUCUCUCUCUCACUCGCUGCUGGGGGGAGGGGGAGACACCCUUCAUUUCAGCUCUAAUAAAAAUUAUAAAAUAAAAUUUAAAAGAUGAUCUGACCGGACGCUGAGGGGAGGGGCUUGUUUCGGUUGCCUCGGUGAUGGAUGGACAGAGUUGGUCUGGACUGGAGGAAACAAAAGUGACACACUUGACACAUCACUGUCCCACGGAGCAGACAGGGUGGCGUUUUUUUGGGGGAGGGUGGGGCAGGAUCUGAAUCUCCCCCUCCCCUUUAAUUCAAGCACUUUUUCACUCACUCAUGUAGAGUUAGUCACAUUAGUGUAGCAAUAGGUGCUGUAGUGAUAUAUCUAUCUGUAGUAGUAGUGGUUUACUAUCAGACUUUGUUACUAUCAUUCACUGACAAAUCAGAAAUGCUUUUAAAAAAAGGGAAGCAAAAAGUUUUUCUCAUUAUUGUUUUUUUUUCCGCAUAUCAGGCGAUGUGUCUGGUUUAGACGCCACAAGGUCCCAAUGUGAAUGACGAAUGUACUGAGGGUUAAUCGCGGAAACACACACACCGUCUGAGGUGUCGUGAAGAGGUUGCUUUUUUUUUUUUACUUUGAGAUGUUUGUUUACUCAACUAGCUGUGUGUUGUUGUGAUUAUUAUUACUAUUAUUAUUCAAAAUAUUAAUAUUAUUGUUACCAUGUAUUUGAUACUACACAUUUUUUGCAUGCUUACUGCUGUAGUUAAUCCGCAAGGUGAGUUUUAUACUAAACCACAAAGAUGGAGGGAAACAUAAUGUGUUUUGACACAUAUCCCGCUUAGGUUGUACAGUUGUGGGAAAAAUUUGUAUAUAUGUAUCUUUCGGAUGUUUGAGAAGUGAAAAAAAAUCUUUAUUAUGGGUUUUAUUUUCUUUCUAGUUCAUCCUCAGCACUGUGCUUUUGGCUCGUUGCUGGUCAGCCCGCUUGGUGUCUUUCCGCAUGUAUUCCUCUCUCGUCCCUGUGUUACAUUUUUUAAAUUUGUGUAUUUCACAUUUAUGGCAUUUGGUGGAUGAUUUUAUCCAGAGCAAUUGAGAGUUUAUUCAGAGGUAGGCCAAAAUAGGAUUAGGAGUCUAGCCCAGGGAAUCUUACUAGUAUAGCUAUAGCAACCACUUGUAUGGCUUCUUAAAUAAAGAAAUGGGAUGUAGAAUUAAGGAACUGGGCCGUUUUACGAUGUUUAUUGAUAAAUUCAAAUACUGGGUAAUGAAAUUAAAAUAUUUCAUCAUAAUGGCCCGUGUGGUUUGUACAGGACAUCUGUAUUACUGUGAUUACAAACCCUUUAGAACCGUGUUUGGCCUUUAAAAACUGUGUGAAAUCUGAUGCAAAAUAUUCUUCAAGUGAAAUACCUCUGUGAAUUAUUCUUUCAUUUGCUUGGCCCUUAAUAAAAACCUUAAAAUACCCCUUUUUGACCCCAUGCUUAGUCAUCUCAGCGCGAUCACAAUGCAUUUUCUUAAGUGAAUGAGAUGCUUUUUGCAUGCUACAUGAGCUUUUGCAAUAAAUAGGUGGGAAAAAAGACAAAAAGAAAGCCAACAAUCAUGCAGGGCAGAACUGUGAACUUGUGACCUGUGCUUUGGGCGGUAACGCUUCAUAUUGUCUCAUUGCUUCCCAGCUUUUACAUCAAAACGGUGAACCCGAGCCUUGGUGGAGAGGCCAAAUGUUAAAAGCACUGCAGUAAAAAAAAAAAAAAAAAAAAAAAAAG